GUGACGCUCGGGGACGCUGUGUGCUCGCGCCUCGGGGCUGGCUGGCGGUGGGUGCCGCGCUCUCUGCUCGCUUGCUUUAGUGCUAUAGUUGGUUGUUCUAAGAGCGGCAUGCGGAGGAGGAGAGUUGGUCUGCUUCUGCUGCUUCUGCUGGCGGGGUUCUCUGCUGUGAUGCGCGUACAAAGGCCUAGCAGUCUCCGUGAGGGGGGGGAGGCCUGCGACAGAGAAGGCGCGGUCGCUGCCAAGGAAGAACUUCAGGCAUUCGGCGAGAGGGAGGUCGAGCGGGAGAGCGAAGGACGGGUGUGGCGCCCCUGGGGGGUCUCGGGGGACAGGGACUGCGCGCGCCAUGAGACGAGGUUUGGCCGCGCCCUGCCCCGGGUCCUCCUACUGUCGUUCCCCUGCUCGGGCAACACUUGGCUCAGGUACCUGCUAGAGGGCGCCUCGGGCCUCUUCACCGCCUCCGAGUUCGCCGACGAGGAGCUCCUCAGGGCAGGGUUUCUGGGCGAGGGCGAAGACCCGGGCAGCGAGAGGACACUGGUGCAGAAGAGCCACGGCUCCGUCGACAAGUCGCGGCGGGACCUCGCGGGUCGCCACGAGGCGGUAGGACCAAGCACGCCGGCCGUUCUGCUGCUGCGGGACCCUCGCAGAGCAAUCAUCUCGUUCUGGAAGCUUCUCUCGCGGCCGGGGGACGGCAGACACACCGCCCAGUUGUCGCCACAGGAUUUUCAAAAUAAUGCUUUCCGAGGUCACGUAGAGCGUAUGACGUCACAGUGGGAGGAGCUUGCAACAGACCGCCUUCUGUGGAACUCCGCCCCCUUGCACGUGGUCCACUACGAGCGCCUCCUCGCGGAUCCGAUCGGCCACCUCAGGAGGAUCCUGCAUUUUCUCGGCGUGCCAGUCGACGAGGCGAGACUGAGGUGUCUGGCAACUCACCUCGAAGGCUCUUUCAAGCGCUCGGGUAACGAGGACUUCGACCCUUACACAGAAGAGGAGAAGAGGCGACUUUCCCUUGCCGUCCUGCGAGUGCAACGGCUCCUGAGGCUCAUGGACUACCCGGACCCGCCUCUCUACGAAUGGCAGGACGCUCUACCUUAGGCCUAUUCCUGCUCUUUUUUUUUUUUUUUUUUUUUUUUGGCCUAUAGUAAUUUUUCCCGUCUCUCCCUUUCUAUGGUGUAUCACUAUAAGGAGUCUUUACAAAUCUCAUUGAAUUCGAUUGUUAAGUUAGCCCGAGCUGGAAAUUUCUCAUAACCCGCCCUUCACAGUUGCCCUUCAUACCUCUGACUGGGUUGAGUUCUCAAUAAUUCUUAAAUGAAGCAUUCUGCAUGGUUUAUGAGAGAACCAAAGCAAAUUUUGUAUAUAUAUGUGUGUGUGUGUAACAAGCUGUUAUAACAGUAGUAGUAGUAUAUAUGAACAGUGCUUCCAUAAGAACAUAAACUUGAAUGAGGGUCAGAUCAAAGAUUCUGACGAAUAUACAUAAAUAUGAAAAAGGCCGGGGCAGUGUAACAGGCUGUUAUGUACAACAUAUGUAUAUGCUUUGUCCAGCGGUCUCCUGUGGGCACCUACUUCUUAAUAAAUGGAUAACCACAA